AGCACGGACAGAAACAAAGUGGAGCACCGAAGUAAACUACAUGAAAAAUUAGAGGGAGAAGCCGAAGGUACUUUACAUGAUCAUGAAGGCGAUAGAGAAAUCUUGGACGAACAAGGAAAUGAUGGAGCUAUCUUCACGAUUGAUCCAUCCACUGGUCUCGUCCUCUUGGCUCGGCAACUUUUACGCGGAGUGCGAAACUAUCUGCUCGUCAUAGGAGUUCACGACAUGGGUAGACCAAUUCAAAGAAAUGCCUCUGUUACAGUCAAUGUGCAUGUACAGGUGAGCGCUGAAAUUUAA